AUGACUUACUGGUCAUUCAACACAGUUGUGAAGCCGAUAGUCACCUAUGCAUCCUUGGCAUGGUGGACAAAAGCGACACAAAGAACUGCUAGUGCAAAACUAAGCAAACUACACCGAAUGGUGUGCAUUGGUAUAACAGGGGCUAUGCGGACCUGUCCUGCUGAUGCACUUAGUGCUCUUGUAGGCAUACCGCCCUUCCCAAUUCUAAUAGAGAGGGAGGCCAGUCUCUCGGCACUGAGAAUCCUAAACACUUCCGAGUUAAAAACCGGAAACAUGACAGGUCAUAUGAAGGUCCUUAUGAAAUUCACAAAUGACCCCAUAAUGCAUAUGAGGGACUCAGUAGCUCCGAUACUAGUAAUUUCUAGGAAUUUCAAGGUAUCUAUUGCGGACCGAGCAUCCUGGAGCACAGGAAACCCCUACAUCAAACCCGGAGCUGAAGUUUGGUACACUGACGGAUCAAAACUUGAAGAUGGAAAAACUGGAGCUGGUAUAUUUGGGCCGAAUUUUAAAAGAUCGAUACCAAUGGGCAGCUACCCCACCAUUUUCCAAGCAGAGAUUCAUGCGAUCGAUAUCUGUGGCAGAGAAUGCCUCAGAAGAGGCACAUCCUCUAAAAACAUCUGCAUUAUGUCGGACAGUCAGGCUGCCUUGCUAGCACUGAGGUCCCACAUAAUAACAUCCAAACUAGUGUACGACUGCCUCAACACCUUAAACGGUCUUGGAAGCAAGAACACAGUAUUACUGGGCUGGGUGCCGGGGAACGAGGGCCAUGACGGCAAUGAACAGGCGGACCGCCUAGCAAAACACGGAGCUACCACACUAUUCCAUGGCCCGGAACCCUUCUGCGGGCUCACCAAAGCCCACCUAAGGGAGGUCAUAAACAAGUGGGUCGACAAAAAAAUUCGAAAGGCACUGGAAUGA